GAGGGUUUCUCGGGCGACGAGUUGAAGUUCUUCGACGACUAUGUGGCCACCGUCCAGGCACGGCAGGAGAUUGCAAAGGCUGCUCUGUCCGAAGAUGCUUCAGGCACCGUGGAUCUUCGGAUCCUCAUUCAACACCAGAAGGCUGAGAAGCGUCUCAGCAUUGACGACAUCGGUGAGUUGGAGACUCUCCGGGAUGCGGUCCAGACUGCGACUGCUAAGGCGAGAGAGGCCAACACCGAAGACUGCAUGAAGCAAGCCGGGCAGUUUCUGAAGGAUAGCAUUGCAACUUACAAGCGUGUGGUUGCUGCUGUGAAUCGUGCGGCUAACGAUCUCAAGCGUGCUGGGGACCAGAAGGUUAAGCGUGCAGAAGCAGAUGUCGCCAAGAAGCGCAAGCAGGACGAAGCAAAGCAAAAGAAGGACCUCAAGGAGCUUCAGAAGAAGAUGAAGCAGGGCAGCGGUGUGGAGGGUCCAUUGCCUGGACUUUGGGUCGCUGGGCCAAUGACGGAGAAGUUGUGCCAGCCGUUGCUUGUCUACGAAAGCUUGGAUGCUCUGAAGAAGGAGUUCAAGGCUGACGGUCAGUUGCACGAUGGCAAGCCGUACGUCGUCAAGUUCAAUGCCACCGACAGCAUCAAGACCGAGCUGGAUAAGGACUCCGCGAAAGGCUUCCUUCAAAUCUUUGAGACGCAGUUCCCUCUCAGCAAACAGGCCCGUGAGAAGGGCCGCGUGCAAUCCGUCAUGAAGGUGGAGUCGACGAAUAAGGUCAAAGAGCUCAUGCUUGAGUUUGUUUCCAGCAAGAGCGUGUGCUUCCAAAGCGCAUCCGGCCCGAACCAGGAUGCGGCUACCAAAGGCCCAAACUCAGACUUGGAUUGCUUGCACACUUACGGUUUCACGAGCAGCAUGCGCUUCAGCGGCACCGAGUUCAUGGGGAUGAGUGCCCUCCGCUACUCCGUGAAGGGCGAUCGCGAGGUGGUCAUCGUCCACGCAGCCGAGAUGUGGCCCAUCGUGCUCGAGCACCAUGCGGAGGAGGCCGCGAAGUUGAGUGCGGAGAAGAACGUCACGAGCUUUACGGGUGAGAAGCUCAUGUACGCCCAGUUCGAGGAUGCUUGGGUGCAGGCAUUGGUGAAGAAGAACUCCCCUAUCAUGUGGAAGGGCAUUGUACCGGAGGGUUCCUUGUUCUUCGUGCCCGCCGGAGUGCUCUUGUUAGAGCGGAGCAUCAACAACCGCCUCGGUAUGGGCCUCCGCAUGGCAUUGGACGACACGUCACACUGCUCUGUCAGCAACCUCGAUGUCCUGCUUGCGGCGCACAUGAUGUAUGCAGAUGCGAAUGACAGGUUGGCGCUUCGUUGGCGAGAUGUGCUGAACCGUGCUAAGAAGCCUGCGCGAGCAGCCGGCAUGGUGGCACCGCCUGCGGCACCAGUAGCACCAAGCUAG